CACCGGAAGCGGUACCGUGGGAAGCCCGCGGGGUGGCGGAGACGUGUCUGUCUGUGAGGUGCUGGACUCUCGGCUGAGAAGGAGGUGGCUGAGUACCUCUUCACGUAACCCUCGCGGGUCAAGCCGGUCGAUCAGCGUGGGGCGGCGGCGGCGGCGGCGAAAGCCCGGGCUGGGAGCUUUGGCUGCCGGGGUCCCAGACAUGGCCGAGACUGUAGAGCGGCUGCAGCAGCGGGUGCAAGAACUGGAGCAGGAACUGGCCCAGGAGAGGAGUCUGCGGGCCGUGGGGGGCGGAGACGGAGGGGGUGGCCGGGCCCGCAUUGAGAAGAUGAGCUCGGAGGUGGUGGACUCCAACCCCUACAGCCGCCUGAUGGCAUUGAAACGAAUGGGAAUUGUAAAUGACUAUGAGAAAAUCCGUACUUUUGCUGUAGCAAUAGUAGGUGUUGGUGGAGUUGGUAGUGUGACUGCUGAAAUGCUGACAAGAUGUGGCAUUGGUAAGUUACUCCUCUUUGACUAUGACAAGGUGGAACUGGCCAAUAUGAAUAGACUUUUCUUCCAACCUCAUCAAGCAGGAUUAAGUAAAGUUCAAGCAGCUGAACAUACUUUGAGAAACAUUAAUCCUGAUGUUCUUUUUGAAGUACACAACUACAAUAUCACCACAGUGGAAAAUUUUCAACAUUUCAUGGAAAGAAUAAGUAAUGGUGGGUUAGAAGAGGGAAAACCUGUUGACUUGGUUCUUAGCUGUGUGGACAAUUUUGAAGCUCGAAUGACAAUAAAUACAGCUUGUAAUGAACUUGGACAAACAUGGAUGGAAUCUGGAGUCAGUGAAAAUGCAGUUUCAGGGCAUAUACAGCUCAUAAUUCCUGGAGAAUCUGCUUGUUUUGCGUGUGCUCCACCACUUGUUGUUGCUGCAAAUAUUGAUGAAAAGACUCUGAAACGAGAAGGUGUUUGUGCAGCCAGCCUUCCUACCACGAUGGGAGUGGUGGCUGGAAUCUUGGUACAAAAUGUGUUAAAGUUUCUGUUAAAUUUUGGUACUGUUAGUUUUUACCUUGGAUAUAAUGCCAUGCAGGAUUUCUUUCCUACUAUGUCCAUGAAGCCAAAUCCUCAGUGUGAUGAUAGAAAUUGCAGGAAGCAACAAGAAGAAUAUAAGAAAAAGGUGGCAGCACUACCCAAACAGGAGGUUGUUCAAGAAGAGGAAGAGAUAAUACAUGAAGAUAAUGAGUGGGGUAUUGAGUUGGUAUCUGAGGUUUCAGAAGAAGAACUGAAGAAUUCUUUGGGUCCAGUUCCUGACUUACCUGAAGGAAUUACAGUGGCAUAUACAAUUCCAAAAAAGCAAGAAGAUUCUGUACCAGAGGUGACUGUGGAAGAUUCUGGUGAAAGCUUGGAAGACCUCAUGGCCAAGAUGAAGAAUAUGUAGAUAACAGACUGGCACAUAUUUUAUUUCCUAUGUUUAAGCGUAUUCCCUUGCAGUUAAAAAAAAAUUUAAAACUGAUAAAACUUAGGAUAACAUCAAUUGAUGAUACAUUUUUACUGAAUUGUUAACACUUUUAAUUAUACUUUGUUUUUUGAUGCCCUGCUCAACCAAAUCAAUCUCUCCUAAAACUCAUGUUCCAUUCUAGUAGGUAAACUUCAAAGUAUUAUUGCAGGUUUUUAAAAAUUCUGUUGAAAACUUAGUGAGAUGUUUUGCCUGAAUUUUUGGAGGGGUGGAAGGUGGGCGGGCCUGAGAUGGGACCAAUCUGAUACACUAUUCCUCAUUUUUCCAGUAACCCCUUAUGGUGUGUUGCCUGAGGAACAUGGACAAUAAAGUAGUAUGUGAUCCUCAAAUGCAGGAUGAGAAGGUUAGAAAUAUAAUCUAUUAAUUAAAUCUAGCAAGCAUCUACUCAUUAUGUUUGGAAUUGCUGUCUAUAAGAAAACUGCCCACUGCUACUAACUUGACGUACAAUGAAUUUAAAAUCAGCCUAUCAAAGACAGCUUCCCAAAGGUUUCUUGACGAAAUACAGGCUAAAAUGUAGUUACUGGAAAAGUUUGUAAGCCUGUGAAUUAUAUAUUUGAAACAAAGACAAUAAGCACAAAUAAAAGAAAAGCUGUCCUUAUGGAAAGACAGAUAAAGGUAUUUUCAGAAAAUGCAAGUUAUAUUUUAUUCUGCACUGACCAAGGAAAAGAAAUAAUUUCAUCUGUGGAUCGUAUAUUGGAGUCACUGUACUUUAUUGGAGAGCAAGAGGUAUAAAAUUUAGGCUCUUAAGAUCAUCCAGAUCAUGCCCAUCACACAAGCUACCUUCUGAAUAUUUUACUUCAUUUAAAUUUGAUUUCCUAAGUAGAUGUUGGCAAGUGUUGAAUGGUGGGCAUAAAAGAAGAGGCGUAAAUUGCCUCUGCAAUGACUGACAUGUAUUUUUUCUCUAGAGGAGUAUGAUUUCCUUUGAUCGUUGACCAGAAAACCAGAGUUGCAUACAAAUAAGGAAGGCUUGGAGAGCCUUGACUGAAAUAAAUUCCUAAAGGUUUGGAGACCAACAAAUAAUCUGCAGGUAUAGUGAUUACCAAUAGGCUAUUUCUAUGCUAACUCCUAUUUUGAUGGUUUUUGCUUUGAAGAAGAUACAAACAUCUAAAUUGUAUCUCUGGGGGAAAAAUGUUAAUAAAAAAUUAAAAGUACAAUACCCCACUUGUAAAAUAAAGUUCUAAAAACGAAUCAGAAUGCUCCAAACAUCAAAUGUGUUCAAUAUAUAGUUUUGAGGUUAUCAGACCACAUUGUUGCGAUUCUUACGUUUACCAUGAAGUCAGGAAAAUAGGUGGACAGUUUGUUCUACCUUUGAAAAUUACUUAUUUGCCAUUUCUUUAAACCUUAGUUACCUUCAUCUGUGAAAUAGUUUUUCUAUUUACAGAAUUUGUAGGUUUAUAGAAAAAAUCAUGCAGAAAAUAGUUUCCAUAUACCCAUUAUUAACAUUUUGCAUUAGUGUGGCACCCUUGCUACAAUCAAUGAGAGACACUAUUGUAAUUAUAAUAUUAAAUAUAGUCCAGUCUACACUGGGGUUCACUGUGUGGUACAGUCCGAUGGUGGUUUUAUUUUAUUUAUUGAUUUUUUUGUUUUAUUUUAAUAUAUAAUGUUUAUACUAGUUAUAUAUACACCACCCAAAAUUUCCCCUUUAACCACAUUCUGAUGUAUAAGUCAGUGGUGUUAAUUACAUUUACAAUGUUUUGCUACCAUCACCACCAUCUACUACCAUACUUUUCCGCCACCCCAAACAGAAAUUUUGUAUCAGUUAAGCAUUAACUUCCCAUUCCCUACCCUUACCUUAGCCCCUGGUAAUUGUAUUCUAGCUUCUGACUAUGAAUUUGCUUAUUCUAAUUAUUUCAUUAUCUGAAAAUCAUACAGUAUUUGUCCUGUGUUUGGUUUAUUUCAUUCAAUAUGAUGUCUUCAGGGUUCAUUUGUGUUGCUGCAUGUAGCAGAAUUUUGCUCCUUUUCACAGUAGAACAGUCCAUUGUAUGUACAUACCACAUUUUGUUUAUCCAUUCAUCUGCUGAUGGACACUUGGGUUGCUUGCAUCUUUUGGCAACUGUGAAAAAGGUCGCUAAGAACAUUGCUGUACAAAUACCUUUUUGAGUCCCUGCUUUCUUUUGGGUAUAUUCCUGGAAGUGGGAUUGCUGUGUCAUAUGGUAGGGAAUAGAGUUAAGGCUUAAAAUGUACAGAGUUUCUAUUUGGG